AUGGCGCGUUCUUUUGUCAAAAUGCCAGGCGUGGAGCCCACGAAAGAGUCCUUGGAAGCGGGAAGGGCCUACGAGCAGAUGUUGCAGGCGGGUCUCAGUAGUCCCCACUUCGAUGAACUUCGGAUGGAGCCGCUGCGUCCUUCAAUGGCAGUCGCGAGGUACUACCUGGCGCUGAGCCAAGCCCGCCUCGCAGAGUUGCGACGUGCCGAUGUGGUCUUCGCGACCUGCAUCUCUGCGCGACGCGGAGGCCUCAGCGCGGCCUUGCAGGAAGUUUGCGGCACCGAUAAACAUCGGCGGCACCAGGGCCAAGGGGCGCCGGAACUUCUACAAGUGGUGUUGGAUGAGGCGGGUCAAGCACCGGAGCCGGAGGCCUUGUGCCCUGCAACUUUGGCCAAAAACGCUAAGAAAAUCGUCCUGGUGGGUGAUCCAAAACAGUUGAGACCCAUCAUCGUGAGCCCUGCCGCCGAGCGCAUGGGGCUCAACAUCUCCCUGCUGGAGCGUUUGAGCAACUGCCCCUGGAGCGAGCCGAAGCUUUUGUCCUUGCAGUAUCGCAUGCACGAGGAUCUGAACGCUUUUCCUGCGGCCUACUUCUACGGUGGCCGCGUUCGAACUGAUCCUGGCAUCUUGUCGCGGUCCCCGGGACGCCUGGCGCACCCCACGACCAAACAACGCGCGGCGUUGCUGUUCUGGGCCGCCAGUUCCGCGCCGGAACAGAUUUCGCAAGUGCGGACUGCGUCCAGUAGCGCCAAGUCGCGCUUCAAUCCUGCGGAGGCGCUGCGCUGUGCCGAUCUCGCCAAGUCCUUGGCCAAGGCCGUGGGUGCCUCGCGCGUGGCCAUUUUGACGUGGUACAACGCACAGGUUCAACAGUUGAACGAGACCUUGGAAGGAACUGGUGUGUAUGUUGGCGGCGUCGUCAGCUCCCAGGGUAAUGAAUGGGACUAUGUGAUCCUCAGCACGGUUCGCAGCAGCCCGGGCGGUCUGGGGGCUCUGGAGGAUGAGCAUCUGCUGGACGUGGCGCUGACGCGCGCCAAGUACGGUAUGUGUGUCUUGGGCACACCCGAGACAUUACGUCGGAUCAAUGCCUGGGCCUGUUUUUUGGACCACUGUGAAGCCAAGAACCUGGUGAUUCAUUCCCAACCCUUAGUUCUCUAGCCCGCUUCGCUUCGCUCUUCGCUGCCAUGCUGGGUUCUGAGACAGCACUGCCUGCGCGGUGAUGCGCGGUGACGCGAAACAUGCUGGAUAAUGCACGGCACGUGGCAAGAAGUGGGAAUUCCACAGAGAGACGCUGAUGAUAUGAUUGAUUGUUUACCAAUCACCGGGGAGUGUCCGUUGCUGGUGAAAGCGAGGACCUGAAAUGCGAGAUCUCGCCCUUGGUCUCC